CAUAUUAUAAAGCUUUGCGCACCACCACCUCCCGCCCCCCGGCGGAAGCCUUCUGGAUAUACGCGCAAAGCUCAGACGCUUUUUUUUUGCACGCCGCCUGCAAAAGUCACUCACUCUGUCACUGACUUGAGUCGUCCUACCACGUCCUUCUUCUCCUUCAUUUUUUUUUUUUAUUAUUAAUAAUUUGAUUUUCAGUUUUGAUUUUGUUUUUUUGGUAUUUUUUUUUGCCUCCUCUUCUUGGAUACUAAUUUUGACGCGCUGGAUAUGUGCGCACAAGAUGAUGACAACCCCUUUCCUGCCCGUAGAAGUAAAAUAAAAUAGGCUUUCGCGCAUUCGAGCUUGUCCCCUGUCGUUCCAUAUGAAGAAGCCAAAAAUUCGGAUACGCGUCUUUGUCCAUUUACUGCUGCUGAUCACGCUCGGGGUGCAUUCAAGUAAAUUUGACGUCAACCCAGUGACAGAUGACGUGUCGAGACUCUCAAUUUUGAAGCAUAAUAUUCCCAAAGACUACAAAAUUCCUGUACAUUACGUUCCAAAAGAAGAGGGUGGGAUGUGCUGGGUCAAGCUCAACGUCUUCUACCUGGAGGAGAGUUUACAAGACUUAGCGCACAAGUUUGGCAACAUUUCGUCCAACAGAAAAGACAUUAGCAUAUUUAUACAAAUGCUCCAAGAGCUACGGCUCAACAUGGGCUCCGUGGAAGCUGUCAUGUACGACUUUGAGUGCCACUUCCACGAGGAGCGGUGGCCCACGGAGCAAUACUUUGAGUUUGUGUCCAACUUCCUGGCGAGCGCACAGCACAGAGACGACUCUGACGACUGCGAGCCGCCUCCCUGCCCCACCACGCCCCCCAUGCAAACAGAACAAUAUUUAAAAGAAUUGCUGUCCUCCAGCAAUAAAAGCUCAGAGUGUGACGCGCCCACCGACUGCCAAACACAUGUCGACAUGAUUGAUGUUGAUGUUGCUGCUGUUCUUGAUGUUGCUUCGCACAGACCAAGGAGCGCGUCUGCUUCCGGAGGUCGUGGAGCGAAGUCUCCUGUCUUUACUCUUUAUUCCGUUCCUGGCUCUCAUCCUGCUGGUCAUCUGGAAGCUCAGAUCGCGACGGAACAGCCAAGAUUUUCCGCAGACUCCCGGAGAAGGCGUUCUCUUCGCGGGAACAGAAGGGCGCGCAUCCCCGCUAGAGCCCCAAAUUACAAAAAAAAACAGGUUGAACAUGAUUGAAACUGUGUAAUGAACCCUACAACUGCUUGAGUUGGU